AUGUCUCCGUUCUCUGGAGAUCAGAUCGAGGACUUCAGCAACGACCUCUUCAGCAGUUUCUUUGACGACCAUCUCCUCGAGCGGCCGUCUGCAAACGGACGACCUGCAAUGUUGCAAAUAGACAUGGACACCAACCCAGAUGUCCAAGCUGAACACAGUUACUCUGUGUGUGGAGACUCCGCCCCCCAGAGCCCCGCCCUGUCCGUCAUCCAGGACCAGGAGGCGGAAUUCGAGUGGAGUUUUAACCAGGACUUUCUGGUGAAGCAAGAGGAGCCAGACCUGAACCAGUCCAUGGAGGCCGAGAGCUCAGAGGACCUACAGAGCAGUGGGGCACUUUGGGAACAUUCGGAACACAGCGCAGAAGAUGUUAAACCAUUAUCAAUUAAAGAUGAGCCCAGAGAAAUGCAGCAGUAUCUCAGUAUGAGCAGUGACGAGUCGCUGCAGAUGCCCCCGACCCCCCCGAGCAGUAACCACGGCGACAGUGAUGGGUCCUUGCCGCCUUCCUCGCCCCCCCCUCAGAGAACAGGGCGAGCGACGGGAACCUCAGCUGCCAUCUCCACCUCGCCCCUGCUCACGGCUCCACACAAGCUGCAGGGGUCCGGUCCUCUGAUGCUGACGGAGGAGGAGAAGAGGACCCUGGUGGCCGAGGGGUAUCCAGUCCCCGUCAAACUGCCCCUGAGCAAGAGCGAAGAGAAAGCACUGAAACGAGUCCGGCGCAAGAUCAAGAAUAAGAUCUCUGCUCAGGAAAGUCGGAGGAAGAAGAAGGAGUACGUUGAAUGUCUGGAGAAAAAGGUGGAUAACUACACGUCAGAGAACGGCGACUUGUGGAGAAAAGUGGAUAAUCUUGAAACUGCGAACAGGUCUCUCCUACAGCAGCUGCAGAAGCUCCAGUCUCUGAUCUCGGGGAAAGUCGUCCCUCGCUCCUGCAAAAUGGCCUCCACUCAGACCGGGACCUGCCUCAUGAUGGUGGCGGUGUGCUUUGUGCUGGUCCUGGGCUCUUUCUCUCCCUGCGCCUCUCCGCUCUCUCUGCUUCCUCUGUCGUCUUCGUCCUCCUCUUCAUCACAGCCGUCGUCAUCACAGCAGCAGGCGGCGGAACUAUACACCACCAGCCAGGUGCGUUCACGAAGCCUCCUCUUCUUCAGUGACGAGGCCCCAGACUCACUUUCCGAGUCUCAAACUGUGGCUCAAGUACAAGUGUCCAGAGCCACGUUAGAAAACAGGACGGACCGGACACGAGCUCAGCACAGGGAUUCCAAAGCAGAGGAGCCUGGUGUUUUCUGA